UCGCUUUCCCUAAAAGGAAGUGAGUUUAGCAGGCAUUACUCAUCAGGGUUCUGAAUCUUCCUCAAGCGGAGAGGUUUUCCGAGGUUUGGGUCAGGAUCCGAGCGACCGACUUGCAAUCCAAGCUCCGUAGGGUGACCACAGGAUCCUGUUCAGGUGCCUUUUCUUAAAAUAUCCACCUUCUUCCGUCUUUUUUCCUCUCCCUUCUUCUUAUAAUUUUCAAAAAAGCAGACAGCGACAAGGAGACCCAUUGCCAAUUCCGCCUUGAGGCUCUGCACUUUGUUCCGGUCGGAAAGCGGUGCCGGUUGAAGAGCCUCUGAACGACCGGUGGAACUCCUUGACACUUUAAAAUUCGGUUGUCCGAAAAACUCCUCUGUCGCAGUGGCAAAUCUCUCCGCUAUCAGUAACUUUUGGGGGGCAGCCGAGUCGAGCAGGAGAUGUCUAACCCUCUGCGGCAAGUUUUCAACAAGGACCGCACGUUCCGCCCAAAGAAGAAAUUUGAACCCGGGACACAGCGCUUCGAGCUGCACAAAAUGGCGCAGGCGUCUCUCAACGCCGGGCUGGACUUGAAGGUGGCUGUGCAGCUGCCGCCGGGUGAGGAGCUGAACGACUGGGUGGCCGUCCACGUGGUGGACUUCUUCAACCGCAUCAACCUCAUCUAUGGGACCAUCGCCGACUCCUGCACGGAGCAGAGCUGCCCUGUCAUGUCCGGGGGUCCGAAAUAUGAGUACCGGUGGCAGGACGAGAAAUCCCGCAAGCCCACUGCCCUCUCGGCCCCGCAGUACAUGGACCUGCUGAUGAACUGGAUCGAAGUGCAGAUCAACAACGAGGACCUUUUCCCCACCAACGUUGGUACCCCGUUCCAGAAGAACUUCCUCAAGUCCGUCAAGAAGAUCCUCUCGCGGCUCUUCCGAGUCUUCGUCCACGUCUACAUCCACCACUUUGACCGCAUCGCCCAGAUGGGCUCCGAAGCCCACGUCAACACCUGCUACAAGCACUUUUACUAUUUUGUGACAGAGUUUGGCCUCAUCGACACCAAGGAGCUGGAGCCCCUGAAGGAAAUGACCUCGAGGAUUUGCCACUGACGUCCUGCAGGGAGCGAUUCCCCCCGCCAGAUAUGAGCCUCUCCUGGGACUGUGGAACUCUCCUCCACUAGGGAGGGCAAGCGGAAUCUGGAGCGCCUUCCUUCCCUCUUUAAAGAAAAUAAUAUAUUGUUUUAUAAAACAAAGCCAAAGAAGGGGCGGGAGAGAGAGAGUUAUCCUAUGACGACUACUAAAAACUGUUUUAUACAAUGAUUUUCCUUGUUAGAGAGUGUGUGUGUAUGUUGUGUGUGUGCCUGUAUGUAUUAUAAUCAGGGAUAGAAUCAUAGAACCCAAAAAUCCUGAGGGUCAUCUGGUCCAACCCUCUGCAAUGCAAGACUUUUUUUGCCCAAUGUGGGAUUCGAACCCACAACAUGAGUCUCAUGUUGUCCCUAUCUUUUAAAGGGGGGGG